AUGUCGUCGCAUAUUAGUGCUACUAGUGAUGGUCAGUAUGCUCAUACGAUUCCCUCUUCGAAGGAACCGAUAAUUAUUCGCGGAGUUGGUCGCAUAACUAUGUUUGGUUUAAAUUCUCGAUUCGACACUGAAUUUCCAGCUGUCUUAACUGGUAGAUUGGCUCCAGAAGAACUUUCAGAUACGCUUCGACGAAUAAAUGCUGUUCUUCAUCGAACUAUGCCGAAUAAUGCUCGCUGGUUGGUAUGUGGACUGAUAUUUUGUUGCUGCACCGCCGGAUGUUCGCUUUGGCCAGUAGUUUGCUUAAAUAAACGGACCGUUCAUGCAUUGGAGAAGACACUAGAUCGUGAAAAUCAAGUUCUUUACAAUAAGCUGGGAUUGCAUUGGCAUUUGGCUCGACGGCCGGCUGACAUGAAUCACAGUUUAACCGAAUACGUACUAGUUCUUGAAUUACUGCCGAAAAUGCCUAUUCUUCUGCCAGACUAG